AUGACAGUACGACACUCGACACCUGCUGCUGGAGAAGGAGCCCUCGCGUGGCCGUGUCGCGUUCUCGUCACCGGCGGCAACGGCUUUAUUGCGCAGCAUACAAUCGCUGUCCUUCUCGAGGAGGGCUACCACGUAGUCACCACCGUUCGAUCCGAAGAGAAAGUGGAUGCUGUUCGCAAGACGCACAAUGGUCAUGGCGACUUGACCAUUGUCGUGGUGGGAGACAUUACGUCUGCGGAUGCAUAUCUAGCAGGGCUACAGAACGAGACGAUUCACGCGAUUCUCCAUCUGGCGGCACCAUUCACCUACGCGACACAGAGCUUUGAGACGGACCUCAUGAUCCCUUCGGUACAGGGGGCGGAGGCGGCUCUUCAUCUUGCGGAGCAGCUUGGUGUGAAAAGAGUCGUCCAGACCAACUCGUUUGCCUGCAUCUACGACGCCAGCCUUGGUCCGCGUCCCGACAAGAUCUACUCCGCAAAGGAUUGGGCACCUCUCACCUACGACGAUGGCGUCCGCGCAAAGGACGCUCCGACAGCAUAUCGCGCGAGCAAGGUGGCUGCGGAGCGGGCAGCAUGGGACUUUAUGAAGCAGAGCAGAUGCUUUGAUCUCGUCAGCUUGUGCCCAGGCAUGGUGUUUGGACCUUGGCUGGACGCCCCGACGACGGUCAAGUCCAUCAACACGAGCAACAUGCUGGUGUAUAAUGUGGUGUCGCUGCCGGAAGAAGAGAGCGUGCCACCGACCAAGGCACCCGUGUGGGUGCACGUGAGGGAUGUGGCGAGGGCACAUGUCCAAGCAUUGCGUAUUCCAGAGGCCGGUGGGAAGAGGUUCCUCCUUGCAACCAAUGUCUACUGCAACCAGGAGAUUGCGGACGUGGCAAGAGAAGUGAUACCACCGGCAAUGAGGAAGGGCAGAGUACCUGUUGGUCAGUUGGGGAAACGGGAGCACAGGACGCAUUUCGGCAUCGAUGUGCAGGAGACCCUGGGUAUCCUUGGAUUACAGUGGACUGACCUAGGUACAUGCCUGAGGGAGCUGGUGCCCCAGCUGUACGCCAUCCAAGAUGAGGGUAGCAAAGUAUGA